GCGGAGCCUCGGGACCGGAGCGCUUAUGUUCACGAUUAUGUUUUUAAAAAUUGUUGUGACUUAGUCAACCGCCAACAUUUUCGUUUCGUCUCGUCUCGUUAACGAAAAUUAAAAUAGAUUUCGUCAUAGUUUUUAUUUUCAAAGAUCCAUUUCGUUACGUCUUCGUCUCGUCUUAGUCAUGGGAAAAGGGGCGUUAACGAAUAUUUUUCGUUAUCGUCAACGAAAUUAACACUGCAGUGACAUCAUCACUCAGGCGUCAUCAUCAUGCCUCUGAUUGGUUAACAGGCUCUAUUUAGGAGGUUUUAAUGAACUAGGAUUAUUUGUUAUGUAUUUGAUUUUUCCUCCGGGCCACUGAGACCCGCGGACUCGAACUCAGAGGUACCGUGGUACCAUUGACAGUGGGGGGGCAGGAGAUCCACUUCUGACCCUCAUGUAGAACCGUCCUGAUGUUUGACCCGGAAGGAAACCUCCUGAGCUUCGGUCCGAGGGUCCGGGACAUAAAGACCCGUCUCCGCAGAGAUUGAUUGAAUGAAACUAAAGACACAUAACUGGGGCGACUGGGAUCGAACCAGUGUUCUUGUGUUUUGUGGACGACCCGAUCGACCCCCUGAGCCACAGCUAAUUGGACGGACGACUUAUUGCCUUGAAAUCACUUGACUCAUGUAUUAUUGAUUGAACUUUAACUACUCAUUGGAAAGUGAGUGGUCCUCAUGGCGGUGUGGCCUAGGGGGUAGAGUGGUCGUCCUCCAACAAGAAGGUUGCCGGUUCAAUCCCCUCUCUUCCUCAUCUGCAGGCCGAAGUCUCCUUGGGAAAACACUGAAGCCCUAAAUGAUCCCUCAUACAUGAUGAGUGUACUUAUUGUAAGUCGUCAGCCAAACGACAUGUAGUGUAAAGGUCGUUCACUCAAACAGUUUGGUUUCCAAUGAGGAGUCGGAUAUGAUGACCAAUCAGCAGUAACUCUUCCAGAGGAUAAACCCCCCCCCCACUAGUGUGAUGUCGUCUCUUUUUCAGGCUCACAGGAAGAGGAGGAGCACAGGAAGUCCUGCUCGUUCCCGACCCAGCACCAAGAACAGCAGAGCGGCUAACGCUAACAGAGUGGCUAGCAGGAUGGCUGAUGUGAGCAGCACACCUGAUGGUGACACCCCCCCCUCCACAGAGACCAUUGAUGUGAUGGACAACGCUGAGGACAGUGUGGAGGAGGUGGUGGAUCUGACCUGUGAAGCAUCGGAAGCUGCUGUGGUCGACCUCACCAACAACGACUCAGUUCUGCUGGUGGACGAAGGUCCUCAGAACAGGAGAGUCCCCACAGGUGAGAGUUACAUCGUCAGCAGUGAUGAAGACGAGGACACGCCCCCUGUCCUCAACCCUGCCACCAUGUCCUCUGUGCAAACCUCCAGGUCGACUCCGGGGACGAUCAGUUGUCCUGUUUGUCUGGACUCGUACUCGGAGAUUGUAGACAGCGGCCGAUUGGUUGUUUCCACUAAAUGUGGUCACGUGUUCUGCAGUCAGUGUUUGAGAGACGCUCUGAAAUCAUCACACACGUGUCCCACCUGCAGGAAGAGACUCACCCACCGCCAGUACCACCCCCUCUACGUCUGACAUCACCAGUGACAUCACCAGAUGACCUUUGCUGCUGAAACUUUUUUAUUUCAAGUUUUUUUUAUCAGAAACAUGAAGCCUUCAAUCAGAUCGUAUUGAUAAUUGAUUGAUAAUUUAUAUUUUCAGUUUUCAUCUGAUCGUUUAAGUUUAUUUUGUUAAAGUAAAAAUAAAUACUAUUGAUUCUG